GGGGUCACAUGGGAAACAGCAGCCAUGGAGGUCAAAGGUCAACUCAUCUCAGCACCUGACCCGUUCUUCUGUCCAGACAGGAAGCUGAAGGAGCGAAUGGCAGAGCUGCAGGAGAGGAGGCGGGGCCUGCAGGUGCUGCUGAGCACACGAUUGGCUGAACUGAGACGCAUCUGUCUGCAGGAGGCGGAGCUGACAGGUGCGCUGCCCAGUGACUUCCCCCUGGAGGGGGGGGAGAAGCCCCCGUGUGUCCGACGGAGGGGGGGGGCGUCUCGCCACGGAAACAGGAAGUGUCGACCAGAGGAGGAAGACUCUCAGCGUUCAAAGCCAAAGAAAACUUUAUUCAGUGGAGCUCUGAGGAAACACAGCGACCCUGAACACAACACUCAGACACACACACACCACGGCAAGAGGACAGUACACAGAGGCUGCCACACAGACACAGUGAGGUCAGAGAGCAGCUCCACCUCCGACUCCACAGGACUAGAAAACGAUGACGGUGUGUCUCGUCCUCUCCUCGUCUCUGUUGGAUCUCCGGUUGAAGUUUUCUUCCAGAAGAGAACCAGGAGGACUGACCAUCCAGAGACUCUUCAGACCCACAAGCCCCUCCCCCACCCCCCACCCCGAGGAGGGGGCACACCAGGGGGAUUGUGGGUAACAGGGACGAACACCGCCGGACGGUUCAGGAGUUCAGAGACGCUGACGGACGGACAGACGAGGGCGAGGACGAGUAAUGGACUCGGCGAGGGGGAGGGGGGGCGAGGAAGAGGAGGGGGGUACAGCGAGGUCCUGCUGGACUACGUCUGGGGGAAACAGAGACCGCAGUCCCAGACCAGCAGCAGGCAGCCAAUCACAUCACAGCACCAGCUGCUGCUCAACGGCUUCUCCUCCCAGCAGCCCCUUGGAGCCCCGCUCACCUCCCAGCAGCCCCUGGGAGCCCCGCCCACCUACCGCAGUCACCUGGGCGACCAGCGCCGGGUCAAAGUGUCCCGCACAAAGUCCUGUGGCCCCUUCCUCCCAGUGCAGCAGGGCCAGGCUGAUACCCAUAAUGCCCCUCUGUGCCAUUCAGCCAGACCCCCACCCCCACCUGCUGCCCCCAGACCCCCACAGCUGCCCCCCACCCAGGACGCACAGCUGGAAGAGGCCACCAGGAGCCUCCACAAGGCCCUCGCCCUGGAAGGUCUGAGGGACUGGUACCUGAGGAACACAAUAGGCUCCACCCACCAAAACCAGGUGACAGGAAAGGUCAACGCUCAGGUGAACGGGGGGGUCAAAGGUCAGGCCAGAGGGGGAGGAGCUCUGCAGAGCAGACGGAGGACUCAGGGUGUCAUCCAGCAGUCGACCUAUCAGACGGAGGCGAGUCAUCACAAAACCACGCUGCCGCAUUCGGCCACGUUCCACGGCCUCCCGCUGCUCGGCAGGUCUGUGGACAGCUCACUCUACCACGACUCCUUCCGCCCUCAGACACAGGAGGACCAGCCGUCUCCUGGGACUCUGGUCUGACCCACCGACCAAUCAGGAUGCAAGCAGACAGAUGCACGGACCGGCCUCUAGGACAAACACCCAUCUGGACCGUGUGACCUGUGGGUUCUUCAGGAGAACCAGGAGAACCUGCUUCUGUGUUACUUCACCUGAAACCCCGGCCAUUAUGACGUCACACGGAGGAUGAAGAUGUCACUUCCUGUUGGAGGCUGCAGUUUGACCUCACGGUGGCGUCCCAGGUGUGACUGCUCAGCACCCAAAGGGUUUCUGGGUAAAAACACAGGUGGAACCUUUAGAACUGAACUGCAGGUUUUUUUUAAACUUUCUAUGACGACGUCUUUAAUCUGUUAAAGUGCUCAGACAAUCAGGAACCAGCUCAGACCAGCUCAAACCAGCUCAGACCAGCUCAGACCAGCUCAGACCAGGCCAAACCAGCUCAGACCAGCUCAAACCAGCUCAGACCAGCUAAAACCAGCUCAGACCAGCUCAGACCAGCUCAGACCAGCCCAAACCAGCUCAGACCAGCUCAAACCAGCUCAGACCAGGCCAAACCAGCUCAGACCAGCUCAGACCAGGCCAAACCAGCUCAGACCAGCUCAAACCAGCUCAGACCAGCUCAGACCAGCUCAAACCAGCUCAGACCAGCUCAGACCAGCUCAGACCAGGCUAAACCAGCUCAGACCAGCUCAGACCAGGCCAGACCAGCUCAGACCAGCUCAAACCAGCUCAGACCAGCUCAGACCAGCUCAGACCAGGCCAAACCAGCUCAGACCAGCUCAAACCAGCUCAGACCAGCUCAGACCAGCUCAGACCACCUCAAACCAGCUCAGACCAGCUCAAACCAGCUCAGACCAGCUCAAACCAGCUCAAACCAGCUCACCCCAGCUCACCCCAGCUCAGACCAGCUCAAACCAGCUCAAACCAUUCUGAUGAGGUUUAAGUGAUCCCUCAGGUGAGUCCAGACAGAAACCAGCAGGUGAGACUCUUCAGGAAUUCUGUAACACCAGUAACACUGGUAACACUGGUAACACCAGUAACACCAGUAAAACCAG